GGAGAGGUUCAGCGAACGGAAGGGGAUGAACAGGAAGAGCAAGGGCUGCUCACACAGAGGGGGAAACUGCUGGCAGUGUUGGUUUUUCUAAGUGUAUUUAUUCACCCCGUCUCCUUUCCUAUUGUGUUCAUGAUUUUCUAUCUGUGUAAAUGUCCCUUUCAGUUAGUUUAUUGGCGCCACGGUCAGUGCUUCCUCUACAGUAAGCGUAUUAUCAAGCUAGCGACUCUUGACUGUCUCCAGCCUGCAACUUCCCGUCACCGAGAAGAACGAAGACGGAAAGAGCGAGCAGCUGAAAAGGAAACAGGGUCGGUCAAUAAGAAUACAGCGAAAUCUACACGGAUAUCAGACUGAUAGACAAGUCGAUAUUAGUUGUCUUCUUUUAGUCGACUAGGCGGAUCUGCGUUCUUCUCAUUGUGACUUGCUUGCCAACCGUCGUUUUCCUUGUUGAACACCCGGCUGCGGCUUGCUCCACUGUCGCCGAGGCUCGAGCCAACCACUGGUGGGGGGUUUAAUGGGAGCCUUGUUUCGAUAGAACUCCCUUCUCCCCCCAACCCCCCCGACGGACCCUCGCUCGAAUCCAAUUCGGGCGCUGUCUUCCCCGGGGGGUGCCCGGUUUUUGCUUAGUCUGACUGGGGAAGGAGGGCGGUCCCCCAGCCUUGACUGUCGCUCUGGCCGACCCUAGUGGACCCUAAUAUGGCAGGAAAUCUGAAGAAAGGCGGAGGACUGAUCGGGAUGAUGAAGGACGCGUUUCAGCCCCAUCACCACCUCCAUUCCAAUCACCAACCAGGGGCCGUGGACAAAAAGACGGUGGAGAAAUGCUGGAAACUAAUGGACAAGGUGGUGCGACUGUGCCAGAACCCCAAGCUGGCACUGAAGAACAGCCCACCUUACAUCCUGGACCUGCUGCCAGACACCUACCAGCACCUCCGCACCAUCCUGUCCCGCUACGAGGGCAAGAUGGAGACGCUAGGCGACAACGAGUAUUUCCGCGUCUUCAUGGAGAACCUGACCAAGAAGACCAAGCAGACCAUCAGCCUGUUCAAGGAGGGCAAGGAGCGCAUGUAUGAGGAGAACUCUCAGCCCAGACGGAACCUGACCAAGUUGUCGCUGAUCUUCAGUCACAUGCUGGCUGAGCUCAAAGCCAUCUUCCCCAACGGCCUUUUCCAGGGGGAUAACUUCAGGAUCACCAAGGCUGACGCCGCCGAGUUCUGGAGAAGAUCAUUUGGGGACAAGACGAUAGUGCCUUGGAAGGUGUUCCGGCAGGCACUGCACGAGUUCCACCCCAUCAGCUCGGGCCUGGAAGCCAUGGCCCUCAAGUCCACCAUCGACCUCGCCUGCAACGACUACAUCUCCGUCUUCGAGUUUGACAUCUUCACCAGGCUUUUCCAGCCUUGGUCGUCUCUGCUGAGGAACUGGAACAGCCUGGCGGUGACUCACCCGGGCUACAUGGCCUUCCUCACCUACGAUGAGGUCAAGGCCCGGCUGCAGAAGUUCAUCCACAAGCCUGGCAGCUACAUCUUCAGGCUGAGCUGCACGCGACUGGGCCAGUGGGCCAUUGGCUACGUCACUGCAGAUGGGAACAUCCUGCAGACCAUCCCCCACAACAAGCCCCUCUUCCAGGCCCUCAUCGACGGCUUCCGGGAAGGAUUCUACCUGUUCCCCGACGGACGCUCCCAGAACCCAGACCUCACAGGACUGUGUGAGCCCUCGCCACAAGACCAUAUCAAAGUCACACAGGAGCAAUAUGAGCUGUACUGUGAGAUGGGCUCCACCUUCCAGCUGUGUAAGAUCUGUGCGGAGAACGACAAGGACGUUAAGAUCGAGCCCUGCGGUCACCUCAUGUGUACCUCCUGUCUCACCGCCUGGCAGGAGUCGGAGGGUCAGGGCUGCCCAUUCUGCCGGUGUGAGAUCAAGGGCACGGAGCCCAUCGUGGUUGACCCCUUUGACCCCAAGGACCCCAUAGGGGGCUCCUACGGGAGCUGCAGGGGUAUUUUUGGGGCGGAGGGUGCCCCGUCGCCCAGCUACGACGAUGACGACGACGACCGGCUGGAAGACCCCCACCUCAUGAUGAGCAAGCUGGCCUGUUCCAAGGUGGAGCGGCCCCCUUCGCCCAUGUCCCUGGCGCCCCAGCCUCCCUGCCCCCCCGUGCCCCCCCGCCUCGACCUCCUGCAACACCGACCGCCCAACCCCCCAGGAGCAUCCAGCCCAGGGACCACGUCCAAGGCGUCCUCCCACCACAAGGACAAGCCUCUCCCCCUGCCCCCAGCCCUGAGGAAUCUGCCCCCUCCUCCUCCACCAGACAGACCUCUCUCUGCCGGGCCUGACGGGUGGCUCGGCAGACGGCCACUACCCUGCACCCCCCUGGGGGAGCCCAAGCUCCCCCCGGCCCCGCCCAACCGCAACCUGGCCGACUGGAACCCCAGGCCGGUGCCCAAGGCCCCCGGACAGCCGCCCGGUGUGGGAGACAGGCAGCUCUCCAACAGACACUCCCUCCCCCUGGCCCUACCGUCAGCCCUAGACGGAUGCACAGACGGACAGCGGAACAACAGCUCGCUCAGUCUGGACCAUCAGCUGGUGAAGGGAGCCCAGAGUUUUGGAGGCACGGCGUCUGGCAGUCAGGAGUAUGACAACCCCAAAGUGAGGCCUUCGGUCUCGGCCAAUGCCAUCUAUGCUCUGGCAACAAGACCCCAUCCAGAUCUGAAGCCUGUGGCUGGGGGGGAGACCUACGAGAGUGACGAGGAGUCAGACUACAUGAUCCCCACCUCUCGGCCCGUCCUGGCCCCCAUGGCAACCCCCCUUGUGGUGACAGAGGCCCCAGCCCCCAAACCCCCCCAGCCCAGCUCUCUUAACUCAUGGCCCAUGCUGAAGGACCUGGAUGAAGGACCUCAAAUGUAUGAAGCCAUGUAUAACAUCCAGGCCCAGGCCCUCACAGCCUCCCUGCUUCACAUGGCCAGAGACUCGGAUUGCUCUGAGCUGCCCCCCAUGGCCAGUACCAAUGGUCCCAUCUGGGAGAUCCCCUGCCCGGUCCGGGAGCUUCCCGAGGAGGUAGAGGAGGAGAACGGCUACGACAUCCCCAAACCAGCGUUGCCCAUGGCCCGACGCACCCUCUCCGAGCUGGGGGCCGCCACCAGCCGUCUUGUCAUGGACAGCGAGCCCGGAGCGUCUGCCUCCUUCUCGGAGUCCAGUGACGCCCCAGAGCGGCCGCCCAAGCCCCUCCCCCGCCGCUUCAACUCAGAGCGCCGGCGCAGCCCCAUACCUCCUGGAUUAGGCACUGGAGGAGGCGGAGGAGGGUCGGGAGAAGGAGGUGGAGUAGUAGCCAACCCCCAGAUCACCAGUGAGAUUGAGCAUCUCAUGAGCCAAGGCUAUACCUACCAGGACAUCCAGAAAGCCCUGAUGAUUGCACAGAACAAUAUGGAAAUGGCCAAAAAUAUCCUGCGCGAGUUUGUCUCCAUUCCCUCCACGGCACACAUUCUUACAUAGUACCUCCUCUGCUCCAGCCCUGCCCAGCUCAGCCCAAAGCCCAUUGCCUGCAGUACUAGCGCUUCAGUGCUAACCGGAGCCCCUGCAGUCUCCUGUCCGGCGCCCUCUCAAAGCUAGCUCGAUGCUAACUGUGUGUGACUCCGAGCCCUGCACUCCACGUGAUUUCUCAAGAGAGUCUGGACGCCUUUUGUAAUGUGCUGCAGGGCCACUCUCCAUAUCCUAUGUGGUGAUGCUGAUGGCUCAUCAUGCAACCGAAGCUUCGGCGGUCAUUCUCAGUCGUUUUCGCAUCCUUCUGAGGCCUCUACCGAAAUGUAAUCGACACCUCGCAACAAAAAAAAACAUGUACGUGUGUUUAUAUAAGAAUUUAAUAUAUAACAAAAUAUAUAUUAAAUGUGUAUAAUGUAUACAUAUAUAUUUCCAAUGAGUUCCGCUUCGAAGGUCUUUUUUUUCUUCAUGUCGUUCAUGUUAAGGAUAGAUUGCAGAGGACAAAGAUGGUGGUUCUUUGAAGCCGCUCUGAGCGUGAGAGCACCCUUCUAUAGUCCCCAGCCCUCACUUUGAGGAGAAAGACAGACUUGGUUUAGCAUUUAGAAGCAGGCGUUUCCUAAACAUUUGGCAACAUGUCAAAUGUGGCCUUUUUAAUGAUAUUGCUUCGGUACUUUCUGGGGGAAAUUAGUGUUUGUGUGUUGCCUCAAAGUAGCAUAAUGUUAGUGUUAGAGGUCUGGACUGUCAUCUCCAGCUAAGGUUGUAGCCCAGUGUGUGGUUUGUGUGUGUGUGCGCUUUCAAGUGAUCUACAGCUAAGGGAAAGGUUAAACCCAUAGGGCAUGUGUCUUUGUCUGGGAUGUGUGUUAGGUGUGUUUGGCCAUUGACUUGGCUACUAGGGUAGGGACAUGUGAUGGCUGACCAAGUUCACGGUUGACAAUUUGAUUUAAGCCCGGUGAAAAGCAAAGCUGCUUUGACUGUGUUAUUAGCUAUAUGCAUCAUUUUCUACUGUGGGUAGCUUUAUUUCCUACAUCUAAUCGCCUCAUCAGUGAUUUCGAUGACCAAACUGGGACUGGGAAGCCUGUGUUUAGUUUUUUCACUAAGACGGUUUUUAGAGGCAAUCCUGGCUCUGCUGUUAAGCCACACAAAUGUGUGAUACCAACUUCGGAUGACUUGGAUGUCUAUGUUAGCGCAGUGGAAGAGGGGGUUCUCUCUCUCACUCCCACUCCCAUUCUGUCAGAUCUAAUCAAUCGAAGCCAUCUGGGAGGUCCCGAUUGGCCCAUGUCCCAAUCCCUCUUCUAUCCCUGUGCAAAAUGAAUGUGGGUUGGUCGUACUUCCAUAAAUGUUGUGCUCUUUCUAAACAUCCUUCUUUCUACCAAUCGUCUGAAUGGGAGGGGCAAAGUGUACUUAAAUCUAACGGUGGGCAAAAAAGUAUUGACGGAUUCUAUUAAAGGCCCAGUACUGGGCCAAGAUUUGAUGAUGUGUUGAACACAGCUCCGACAUGAGGAGAGCUUCGUCCGAGACGUACACCGAAGCUGUUCAGCUUUGUGAAA